AUGGCCCAAACUGAAAUCAAUUCCAUGCUGUCAGAACUGGCUAGCUCAGAGUCACAGGAAAUUGUGGAGGAAGAGGAAGAAUCCAGUAUAAGGGUGGUCCGCGCCCUGUAUGAAGCCUUAAGUGGUGGAGACGUUGAGAAGGUCCAGAGGCUGCUGGCAUCGGACAUCGAGUGGUGGUUCCAUGGGCCACCUUCUCAUCUGUAUUUGAUGCGAUUAUUGACGGGUAGUGUGUCAUGGGACGAAUCUUUCGUAUUUGUUCCCCUCUCCUUCGCGGCUUUUGGAUCCACAGUUCUCGUCGAAGGUUGCGAUCACAACCCUUGUGUCUCCUGGGUUCACGCUUGGACGGUGGCUGAUGGUGGGAUGAUUACCCAACUCAGGGAGUACUUCGAUACGUCCCUUACGGUCACCUGUUUUGGAGACCCCACCAAACCAUCCCCAUCCCCACCGUCCUCGUCGAUUCGCUUUCCCUGGCUGUGGCAGAGCCAGUUUACCAAGGUUACGGGCAAGUCUGUUCCCGGCCUUCUCCUGGCUAUUUAA